AUGGCUGUCAGAAGUGCAUCACAUGCUGGGUCUUGGUAUAAUGGUAUACCUAAAGAAUUGAAUGCACAAUUAGACGCAUGGCUUUUGAAGGCAACUGAAAGGAAAAAUGAAAUUGGUGCUAAGGCAAUUAUUUCACCUCAUGCAGGAUACACAUAUUGUGGUAAAACUGCUGCCUAUGGAUUUAAGCAAAUAAAUCCAAUAAAUGUGAAAAAGAUUUUUGUUCUAGGGCCUUCUCAUUGUGUUUAUUUGAAGGGAUGUGCAUUAACAACAUGUCAUGAGUAUGAAACACCAUUUGGAAAUUUAAAAAUUGAUUUACCAAUUGUUGAUGAGUUAAAAAGAACAGGUGAAUUUCUUGCAAUGGAUACUAAAUAUGAGGAAGAUGAACAUUCUAUCGAGAUGCAAUUACCAUUUAUUGCUAAGAUAAUGACAUCUGUUAAAUCCUUGAAUGAUUUUUCAAUCAUACCUGUUCUUGUUGGUUCUGUCCAAGGAAAUAUCCAAAAAACAUUUGGAUCAAUUUUCCAUAAAUAUAUUAUCUCUCCUGAAACUCUUUUUGUCAUUUCUUCAGAUUUUUGUCAUUGGGGAAAACGAUUUGAUUUCUAUCCACAUAAUCCAAAUUUGAAUACGCCAAUUUGGCAACAAAUUCAAACACUUGAUAAAAAUGGUAUGAAUGCAAUUGAAACUCUAGACCCUGAUACAUUUGAUGGGUAUAUGAAUAAUACUCAAAAUACCAUUUGUGGUAGUGCUCCAAUUCGUAUUCUAUUGUCAGCUGUUAAAAAUGCUAGAGAAAAGUGUAAUAUUGAUUGUAAAUUUGAAUUUUUGAAUUAUUCUCAAUCAAGUCAAAUUACACAUCCUCAUGACAGUUCUGUUAGUUAUGCUUCAGGAGUCUUGUGGGUCCAUAAUAAGUAA